CAGCGCUCGCGGCCAAACCUCUCGCUCUCGGCUGCCUCCGCCGCUCCGUCUCCCCCCAGCCCCAAAACCCCCACCGCUAUCUCUCCGCCUCCUCCCCACUAUGGUCUUCGCCUAGCCGCCGCUGGGGCAGCCGCGAUGGGGAGGCUGUCAGGCAGCGGCGGCAGGAGGCCGACUCCCUUCCUCACCCCCACCGCAUCAUUCUCGUCGUCGUCAUACUCCAAGCGCUCCCGCCCGUUCCGCCGCCUCCCAUCCCUCCCCAAGCCGCCCCUCGCGCCGCCGCCGCCGCGUUUCGCCGGGAGGAGGCGGAAGAAGGCGCCCGCCCGGCUGUGGAUGAGGAUGGAUCGGUGGGGCGGCUGCGAGGCAUUCAUGUGCGACAAGGCAUUCGUCGCGGAACGCUCCGGGGUGCACACGCGCGAACUCCGCGUCAUCGGGCCCCUUCUCUCCCGCUGCCCCAUCAUCCUCGCUAGAGAGAAGGCUAUUGUAAUCAAUCUAGAGUUUAUAAGAGCUAUUGUAACUGUUGAUGAAGUCCUGCUGCUGGAACCUCUUGCUCAGGAGGUUAUCCCUUUCAUUGAUAAAUUGAGGCACCAUUUCCCUCCGAAGAGCUUGGAGGUUGAUGCUGGCGCCACACAAGUGGAUAGUUUGGAUGGCAACCGUGAUCAAACUGGUGCCGAGUGUGAGCUUCCCUUUGAGUUUCAGGUGUUGGAGCUCGCCCUAGAAGCUGUAUGCUUGUCAUUUCAUUCCAGCCUAUCUGAUCUUAACAAGCAUGCACUUUUUGUGCUGGAUGACUUGACUAAAAAUGUGAGCGCUAAUAACCUUGAGCGUGUUCGGAGCCUAAAAAGAAAUCUCACCUCCCUGCUUGCUGGUGUGCAAAAGGUCAGAGAUGAAGUACAGCAUCUUCUGGAUGACAAUGAAAACAUGGCACAGCUACACCUGUCAUGGAAGCAAACAAAAAAUCAGCAGGAUCAAGCUCUACUGGCUUCUGCUGCCAUAAACAGGAAUUUUCCUUCAAAAACAAGCCUGGCUAGACCAAAUCACAUUAUCAACCAAGCCAUGGGCAUUGAUACAAGUGUGACACUGGACACUGAUGCUGGAACCCUAGAGAUGUUACUUGAAUCCUAUUUCAUGCAGCUGGAUGGAAUUCGCAUCAGGAUUGUGAUGGUUCGAGAAUAUAUUAUUGAUACAGAAGACUACAUCAACAUCCAACUUGACAACCAACGCAAUCAACUUAUUCAAUUCCAUCUGAUCCUGAUCAUCGUAUCCUUUGGCAUAGCCAUGAACACAUUGAUAGCUGCAUCAUUUGGCAUGAACCUGCCUCACAAUGGUGAUAGGAACACUGCCGUAGGUCCUUUUUGGCCAUUUGUUGGGGCCACCUCGUCUUUCUGCUUGUUGGUCAUAAUCAUGUUGUUCGGAUAUGCUUGGAGGAACACACUACUCAGCAGUUAAAGACAAGACUUAGAGAAAUCCAUGGAAGCAGGGCCAUUAUGUUGGUGACAGCCGGACAGGUAUUCGUCUGCGUAAUUCCUCCUGACUGGGGAGAGGCAAUACAUUGCUAUGGGUAUAUGAUAGUGGAGGACUAAUGAGAAAAAUCUCAUCUGGAACAUUUUAUAUAUUGAGGCUUUAAAUUAUAAUAAUAAGCCCCUUUUCCUUUUCUUUAGGGAGAUUGCAUCGGCAUUCAUCGUGCAAUGCAUGCCAUACAUGCCAUACAUGUGUAUCAACAUGAUCCGACUGUUAAAAAUAAUGAGAUUCAACAGGAUUUUUUUUUCA